GGACAAUUAAAAAAGUUGUCCGUGAACGCAACGCCUAUUUCAUUUUCACUCUCCUCUUUCUUCUUCUUCUUCUUCUUCGUCUUCCUUGCGAACCUCGUUGAUCAUCGUGGGGCCAGAGUUCAUGGGUGCACCUAAACAGAAGUGGACAGCAGAGGAAGAAGCAGCCCUUAAAGCUGGAGUAAUCAAGCACGGUGCCGGAAAAUGGCGUACUAUACUCACGGACCCAGAGUUCAGUGCCAUCUUGCAGAUGCGAUCAAAUGUGGACCUUAAGGAUAAAUGGAGAAAUAUCAAUGUGACUGCAAUAUGGGGAUCGAGGCAGAAGGCCAGGCUUGCCCUUAAAAAGAAUCAGCUGACGCCUAAGCAUGAUAGCAACCCCUUGGCUUUGGCCACUGUAAGGAAUGAUGAGGAGAUCCUUGAUGCCACCCCUCUUGCGGUUUCCAGCGAAACAAUUAACAAUGCAAAUUCAAAAGAGCGAAUCAAAAGGUUGGAUAAUCUAAUAAUAGAAGCCGUUACGAAUUUGAAGGAUCCAAGUGGUUCUGAUAGAGCUGCAAUUGCCACUUACAUAGAGGACCAAUACUCGGCACCACCUAACCUCAAGAAGUUAUUGUCAACAAAGUUGAAGAUUAUGAUAGCGAAUGGUAAAUUGAGUAAGGUAAAACACCGGUAUAGAAUUGCCCAAAAUCCAAAAACCAUGGAAGCUAGAAAAGGCUCUUCCAGGUCAAUUCUCGAGGGAAGGCCGAAGGAUUCUUGUAAGGGAGAUAAGAGAGAGGUCAAGAUUUUUACAAAAUCACAGAUUGACGCCGAGCUAUUGAAGAUGAAGAGUAUGACUGCUCAAGAGGCUGCUGCGGCUGCUGCUAAAGCAGUUGCUGAAGCAGAAGCUGCCAUUGCAGAAGCUGAAGAAGCAGCAAGGGAAGCAGAGGCUGCGGAAGCUGAAGCUGAGGCAGCGCAAGUUUUUGCCCAAGCAGCAAUGAAUGCUUUGAAAUGUGGAACUCUUCAUGCAUGACAACUGCUGUGACUUGCAGGUGAUCUCAAAUGCUGGACAUAAACCAUCGCUCAGGAUGGAUGUGAACCCAUCCAGCUACUUUUUGUAACUCUUUUUUCACUGUAAAUAUGUUUUGGGCUGUAAAUCUGGGGAAUAUUUGGGUAAUUUUGGGUUUCUCCGGAGG